AUGUACACUCUUUCUUCUUCACUCAACUCAGAUGGCUUAGCACUUCUAUCAUUCAAAACCCACUGGACAUCACUUCCACCUCUCAUAAACUCAACAUGGAACCCAUCUCAUUCCACACCAUGUUCAUGGGCUGGUCUCAAAUGCAACUCUUUCCACCGUGUAAUCUCUCUCAACCUUUCCUAUCUUGACAUCUACGGUCAACUAGGACCAGAAAUUGCAAACUGCACACAACUCCAACACCUAGACCUUAGCUACAACUACUUCAAUGGCCAAAUACCUCAAUCUUUCACUAACCUUCACAAUCUCAAAUACCUUGAUCUUUCUAUUAAUGUUCUCACAACUCCAUUUCCUCAUUUCUUGUCUCAAAUCCCUCUCCUAAAAGUUCUUGAUCUCUCUUAUAACCAACUUCACGGUUCCAUUUCAACUACUAUUGCCAACAUGACUCAUCUCCAAGAAUUGUACCUCAAAUAUAACAACUUCUCUGGUUCAAUUCCUUCAUCUAUUGGGAACUGUACUCAGUUACAAGACUUGUAUUUGAAUGAUAAUCAGCUGGAGGGUGUUCUUCCUUACAGUCUCAACAAUCUCAAUCAACUUCUUAACUUUGAUGUUGCCAACAAUAAACUAACAGGUACUAUUCCAUUAGGUUCUUCUGGUUGUCGAAAUUUACAGUUUUUGGAUAUCUCAUUCAAUGAUUUUGGUAGUGAAAUUCCAUAUAGCAUUGGUAAUUAUACUGCUUUAUCAAAAUUUGCUGCUGUGAAAUCUAACUUGGUUGGACCUAUUCCAUCUUCCAUUGGUCUGCUUACCAAGCUUUCGGUUCUUCGCCUUUCGGAGAAUCAUUUAUCUGGUAAAAUAUCUUCUGAAAUAGGUAACUGUAAGUCUUUGACUGAGUUGCAUUUGUAUUCCAAUCGACUUGAUGGAAAAAUUCCGAGUGAAUUGGGAAAACUCAGUGAACUAAGAGACCUUGAACUGUUUUCUAAUCAAUUGAGAGGCGAAAUUCCGCCCGAGAUAUGGAAGAUUCGAGGUCUCAAGUAUCUGUAUGUGUAUAAUAAUAGCCUUUCUGGUGAACUUCCUGUGGAGAUGACAGAGCUGAAGAACCUUAAGAACAUUUCAUUGUUUAACAACAUGUUCUCUGGAGUCAUACCUCAAAGCUUGGGAAUUAACAGCAGUUUGGUACAGUUGGACUUUGUGAAUAACAGGUUCACUGGUAACCUUCCACCAAAUCUUUGUUAUGGAAGAAAGUUGAGUGUUUUGAAGAACCCAAAAACGAAGAGACCGAGACUCAAGUUACUCUGCCAAGUCCCGAGGCUUUACCUGCAGGAGAGGGGAUUACAGAUGAAACUGGUGACAGAAUAG